AUGCAACAGUCUCAUACUUGCUGCAACUUUACAACGCUGUCCCUUUCAGAGGAACAGCAGCAAACGAAGGACCGGGUCUACAGACCUUUCGGGGCCGACUUUCUGAAAUACCAUUUUUUUCCUUCUGAGGCGCUGGACUUAUCCGCUGUAUCCAACGGCAAACUCCAGCAGCGCUUGAAGAUGGUCGUAAAGGGUGGGAAGAAAAAGGCCACCAAGUCCCUGCAGCCGGCAUGCAGGGACUACACAAUACACCUGCACAAAGUUGUCCACGGCAUUCAAUUCAAGAAGCGCGCACCUCGCGCCAUCCGUGAAAUCAAGAAGUUCGCUGAAAAAGUGAUGCACACUAAGGAUGUCCGUAUUGACACAAAAUUGAAUAAACACAUAUGGAGCAACGGCAUCAGGAAUCUGCCUCGGCGAGUGCGUGUGAGGCUCUCACGCAGACGCAACGAAGAAGAUGAUGCAGCUGAGAAGUUUUACACUCUAGUACAGCAUGUGCCCGUUGCCUCCUUCUCCGGACUGGGGCCAGAGCAGGUCAAUGAGGAGUAA